CACUACUACAUUUCAGUAGUGUUAUCACUGCACUAGUAGUUCUUUUGAUCACCUCUGUUUCAAUUGUUUAAUUUCAGCCGGAUUGCGCGGAUAUCUCUACACGAUCAGAGAGAAGCAUCUUCUCUCUGACACGAGUCACGAUCAUCCCCCAUAUUCGCACGAUGCAUACGUUAUAUCGUACCUGCAUGCACCUGUCGUAUAUCUGGCCGCCGCGGCCGCGUUUCUCUUUUUAUUAACGAGCUGUAACGAGCCAUGGCUCUCUCGCCACAGUGUGCGCGCGUACGUGCUAUUGACAUCUACUAUCAGCUAUCAAAGACUGUAAUAAUGCCUAUCAAAUUAGUCAAAUAAACUGAAACAAUUUAUUUGGCGAAUUUCUCAUUCGUCUCUAACUGUGAUAAAGAAAAAUGCCAGGAUAACCUGUUGUCAAGACGUUCUACAUGGUAGAAAUCAACGUAGUUUAACAGAGAUAUUGCCAGGAGUUUGAUUUAUUUUGACGCUAGUUUUAGGCAGGACUCUGCAGUGGGGCAUUGUUAUACCAUUGAGUCAAAGCGCUGUAUAAAUCUACAAAGCAUGAAACCCUCGCAGCAGGAUUCUAUCCGAUUUUCAGGAGGCAGGGAGAAAGAUGAAAAUGUCUUUAGUCUCUUCCUCUCACGUUGGUUCGCUGCUAGAUGUGAUCGAAAGUCGCUAGAGUGGGGAGAAGGCUAUAUAGCCUUAGGGAAGAUCGCGGAAGAGACAAGUCCUUCAAGAAAGACGCGCGUGUGGGCAAACGCAACGUGAGGACAAAUCGUUAUUCGGUAGCCAAAAUCCUCGAAGAUGGAAUAGACUCGUGUAAAUCGCGCGUGUUCUCGUCUAUCGUUGAUCGAUACAUCAAGACAAUUAGAGAAAAAUGGAUGUUAUAAUGGCAUUGUUUAUUCUCAUCACUAUUCUGUCAAUGACAAAAACGAGCCAUGCUUUGGCCAGAGAUCCAGAAUUCGUUGUAAAUUCGUUGAUGCAAUGCGAAAUGGCUAUCAAGGAGAUCGAACAGCAGGACCGUGCGACAAUCGUGGACGAUAGCCCUUCCAGAUUAUAUUCUACAUGGCUGUCUCAAGAAUGCGAAGUGCGAGCCGGUCCGGAGUAUAUAAUUAGAAAAUAUACAUUUUUUAAGAACGGUACAUUUCUUCUGCUGCGUUAUCAUUAUGCUGAAGAGUCGUGCAGCAUAGCGACGCAUACCGUUACAAUUCGCGGUUCCAUCAAGUUGCUGGGAUCAUCCGCCAUUGUUUCAGGCGCUACCGAAACGAGACUUCACGUGGAUGCCAUUAAUAUUGUACCUUUGAAUCGACAGGUCGCUCACAAGUUUGGGCAUAGAUUGAACCUGACUUGCGGUCCCCAGCCGAAAUGGCGACCUUACGUUCCCGAAGUGGUUUAUGAGCAGCCACGGGAACAUUCAGCGACGCCGGGGCUCUGGCAAGGCCCGAUUUACAAUUCUCUGCAAGUUCACUCGUCUACGAAGAAGCGGUUCGGUAUGAAUUGUUUGGAGCCUUUCGGGAUCGAAUUUACCGAAUUGAAGCUACUGAGAGUGCAGCAGAAGAUAUCGUCCAACAAUGACCGCUAUCACAAGCUUCCACAAUUUCAACUUCUUUUAGCCAGCCCCACACCCAAUGUUCAUUCUCGCUGGAAUUACAAACCGACUUCCUUACAGUCCACGGCGAUGGUUCGCGCCGACACGGCGAGCGAUUGCCCGAUAUGCAAUGGCGUGUCUCGGAGCACCGAGUUCAGUCCACCUCUUCUCCAUCAAACGGCAGCUCUACCCGCAUUGAUCGGAGGUUACUGGCACAGCGAAAGAUGCGAAAGCUCCGAGGGCGGUAUCUGGUCCAGACGUCAAUUUCAAAUACACUCAGGAGAUAGAUUGUGGACCGGUCGUUGGGACUACUACGACGACCCACAAUGUUCAACGUUUCUAUAUGCGAUAACUGCGGCUGGAAGUUACAUCCAACGAGCUGGAAGACAAAGACGUCACGAACAAAUCGAUCGAGAAACUUUCCUCGGCCACUUACUCAACGUACGUUCCACGAAGCUCUUGUUUAAAAGGAGUGUUACCAAUUCGCUGGCAGCUAUUCAUACUUUACAAAGCAUAGAUCUCCAUCGAAACAAAUUGUAUGUCAAUUCGGCAAACGGACUAAAAGGCAAGAAAUGGUCUGUUACAAUAGAUAAAAAGGUUCAAAGACAGGAAAGAUCGCUUACUGGUGGCGUUUAUACGCGGCUCUUGCGCGACGAACAGUCCAUAGUUGAAUCGAGAUUCGCGGCAAUGCUGCGUGGUCAUCAGACAAACGACGAGAAAGCCACUACCAGAAAGCCUUUUCCUAUCUGGAGUACCCUUACCGGUACCACAGAGCUAGAUCUGCACAUUGCCGAGAGCAUUUUGAUUCCUGGAGACGCCGCGAUAUCUCAUCGUUGUAGCGCCGAUCAGCAGCUCGGCGUGCCGCUCACUACCUGGCCGAGAAAUUGCGUUCCUCGCACCAUCGAGGCACCCUCGACGUUAGGACUACGAGCGAAACUGGGCGUUAACUGGAACGGUCAGUACAUCCUAUUGUUGGGUUUGCGAGAUGACAAUGUGUGGGAGGCUCCUCUACGGCAAUGCGCGCAGAUUCCACCUCACAAUUCCAGUUUGCGAGCACAUCUCCGGAGAAGCGUCGGUCUUCGAUUCGGACUGCUCUCUUCAGCGUCGUCGAGCCGAAUCUCUGGGUUUCUCUUAUCGCGAGUCUUGCUGUGGUCAGUGUAUAUUUACUUUCUACGGUGAUAUAUAGCUCAGGCGUCCGAGUCAUUAUCUUCUCCAAAGAGCGUUUAGAUUCAGAAUUUAACAAAAAGAGGUUUGAAAUAUGGAGAUAUAUGGAGUUUAAACAUUCCAAAAUUCUUUCCUUUUCUCGUUUUCUCGUGGAAAAUUCCGUAGAAACGUAACGCUUGUAUAUAUGUAAUUGUGUAAAUAGUAUCGAAAGGAUCGGAGGAUCGCGGCAGUAAUGGCAAUUGGAGGAUCACGCAAUUAAAUUAUUAUAAUUGCGUCGCAACCUUGUUGUUGCGUGUUUUUAACGAAAAUCUCGAUAGAUUUAAGAAAACGUAUAAUCCAUCGCGAACAAGCCAUGAUUACACGAUUGCAUCAUGUAAGCUGCACUUGGGAUUUACAUUAUUUUACUACUCUAUAUUAAAAUUGAGAUGUACAUCUGCGA